UUUGAAGAGACCUGCUGAGUGUGUACAAGAGAGAGAGGGAAUGUGUGUGUGCGUGUGCGAGAGAGCGGGGGGGAGUGUGUGUCUGCUCCGCUACUGCUGCCCUUUGAUCCCUGCAUUAGUGUUAGUUAGGGGCUCGGAGACACACACUUAGCUUCAGAGAGAGCAGCCAUAGUCAAGACACAGCAACACCACCCCCUUCUCCCGGGCUCCUAUUCCCAACAAUACACUCUAGACCGAGGACAGCCAGGUGCACGACAAGUCCCUGCCAUCCGCGCCUCGCUCACAAUUUCAAUGGACAAAAAUCAUUUUUGAUACUGAUCCCUAAACACGGAGGAGAAUGUGAAAAAGGGCGACAAUGCCCCGCAGGAAGCAGGACCAACCCAAGCGCCUGCCUUCGCAUGCUGAUGGACUUGAGGUGGGCGGGGCCAAGGGGCCGGCAGUGGAGGAGGACGGGUGGUUCGGGAACGCCUCGGACACGCCCUCCGAGUCCUCGUACGGGGACGAGGCCCCGCUGGAGCAGGACGCGUCGGGCGAGAGCUCGGCCGGGUGCCCCACGCCUGUUCCCCGGGCGUCCCUUGACCUCCUGGGGCUGGACAGGGAGGCGCUGAGGGCGGGACACGUCUCCGGCCAGGACACGCUCUCCUCCAUGGUGUCCUCGCUGUUCGGGGACGCCUCCCAGGCGCUGGGCUCCCCCAUGAGCAGCAACCUGCGUCGCCUCCUGGAGGCGGGGGAGCUCGCCGCGCAGGGGAGGGGCGGAGCCUCGCCCAACGCGCCCCUGGCCCUCUCCCCGUCCUCCAAUCACGCGCAGCAGCAGCUCAGCGCCCUGGCCCGCAAGCUGGCCGGCUCCGCCCACUCCGCCACGCCCUCCCCCGUGUCCGUCAAGCUGGAGCCUGGGGGGCGCUUCAGCCCGACGGCGGAUGCCAACGGCGGCCCGGCGUGGGCGGGGUCUUUGGAGGCGUGGCCUCCCGGCGGCUGCCACGCCCCCACCAGCCUGUCGCCGGACUCCGCCAUCCUGAAGCUGAAGGCGGCGGCCAACGCCGUCCUGCAGGACAAGGGGGCGGCGAUGGCGCUGUCCUCCUCUUCCUCGUCCUCCUCCUCCUCCUGCUCCUCCUCCGUGUCCUCCAUGGCCACCGAGGAGGCGGGGCGCUUCGACGCCUUCGCCUCCCCCUUCAGGACGCAGUCGGCCAGCUCCACGCUGGCGGCCCUCUCCAAGAAGGUGAGCGAGAGGAGCCAGUCCGGGGCCCAGCCCGAGGGCGCCCAGGGGACCUUCCUCUCGCUGGUCUCCAUGACGUCCUCCGCAGCGCUCCUGAAGGAGGUGGCGGCUCGCGCGGCCGGCUGCCUCCUGUCCGAUAAGAAGGAGCCGCCGCUGGUUCUGGGACCCCGGGAGGACGUCAAACCCCCGACGGACAAGAACCAGAACCAGAACCAGACCUUGGACCUGCUGCAGUCGGCACCCACAACCCCGAAGGGCAAGACCAAAGCCAGCAGCCAGGGAGGGUCCCCUGAUGAUGGAGGAAAGCCCUUUCAGUGCCCUGUGUGCGGCCUGGUCAUUAAGAGGAAGAGCUACUGGAAGAGACACAUGGUGAUCCACACCGGCGUCAAGAGUCACCAGUGUCCCCUGUGCCCCUUCCGCUGCGCCCGCAAAGACAAUCUCAAGUCCCACAUGAAGGUCCACCAGCACCAGGACCGCGGCGAGACAUUCCACUGCGAGCAGUGCCCCUUCACCUCCUCCCGCCACUUCAGCCUCAAGCUGCACAUGCGCUGCCACCAGCAGUGCCCCGGCAAGGAGGCCAGGGUGAAGGACGAGGUCACCAGCGACACCGAGGACGAGGGCGGGGCCCUGUCGCUGGGGGCGUCGGGGGGGCGGGGCUCCCCCCUCGAGCCGGACGCCGCCCGGCUCCUGGCGUCCCCCGAGGAGGCCCCGAACCACGCCCACGUCAAGGAGGAGCCCCUGGAACAGGAGGUGUCGGCUCUCUCCCCCUUCGCCCUGCACAGGGAGCGGCCCGCCAGCGUCGCCGGCUCCCCUGUCCCCCCCGCUGCCUCCCUCUUCAGCCCCAACAUGAGCGCCAAGACUGCCACCGACCUGCUCAUUAAGCUCUCAGCAGCGAACCAGAAGGAGGCCCUGAAGGGCCCGGUCUGUGUGAAGGAGGAGCCCCAGGCGGAGGGGACGGCGCGGCCGGCCCACGGUGCGCAGAGGCCCCGGGAGGCGGUGGGGGGGAAGAGCGGCCUGCUCUGCCAGGACAUCGGCAGCAAGGUGGCCUCCGAGCUGCUGAUGAAGCUGUCAGAGAACAAGAAGGAGGGGAGUUUCCAGCAGGUGACGGUGAAGGCGGAGCCCAUGGAAGUGGACCCCCCUCAGGAGCCCCCUCCGGCCCCCUCUCGCGUGCUGGGGUUCGGCACUUUGCCCGGGAGUGAAAAGGCCGACCCGCUGCCGGGCUUCCCCGAUGCCCUGGGCAGCCCACAGAGGGCGCUCUUCUGCGAGGACAUCUCCGUCAAGAUGGCCUCGGAACUCCUCUUCAAACUGUCAGAAAGAGUAAGCAAAACGAAAAACCACAAAGACAGCAGUAUGUUGGUCACGAGCAGCUCUUACUCUGAUGACCGCUUUGGACAAACUCCCUCCGACUCCAUCUCCAAGGCCUGCUCGUCCAGUGGAGCAAUGCUGCAUGAUUCGGGGCACUCAGAAGCAGAUGGGGGGGGCAGGACGGCCCCCUGGCGCAGGCAGGAGCAGCUGCACCCCUGCGGCGUGUGCGGGAAGGUGUUCGGCAGUCAGCAGACCCUCACGCGUCACCUAUCUGUGCACACAGAGGAGAAGUACAGGUGUCCCCUGUGCCCGUACGCGGCCAAGUGCAGAACCAGCCUCAAACGGCACCUCGUCAUCCACUCAGCCGAGCUCGGGAACGCCAACGCUGACGAUGACAUCACGGCCGCGAACACGGAGAAGAGCCAACACAGCAACUGCCCCUAUUACUACAGCUGCCUGAUGUGCGGCUUCCAGACGGAGCGGAACGCUCAGUUCGUCAGUCACAUGUCCCUGCACAUGGACCGCGAGCAGUGGAUGUUCUCCCUCUGCUGCACCGCCUGCGACUUCGUGUGCGGCGACGAGGUGGAGAUGAAGGCUCACGCCAACGCGGGCGGCCACGCGGGCCCGCCCCCGAGGAGCCCCCUGAGCGAGACCAAGAGCCCGUCCUCGUCCCUGUCCACCCUCAGCGACUCCGUCAACAGCUCCGAGCCCGGCGAGCCCGCGGCCCCGCCCUCCUCCGCCAGCAGCCAAUCCAGCUCCGGCAGCCUGUCGGGGUCGGGCGCCAAGGAGAGGCCGGAGAAAGGCGGCGGUGCGGAAGGUUUCGAGUGCGUCUUCUGCACCUUCGCCUGCGAGGCCAAGUCCGUGUACGAGCGCCACCUGCAGGCCCACCUGGUCUCCCGCAUGUUCGAGUGCGACGUCUGCCACAAGUUCCUCAAGACGCCCGAGCAGCUCCUGGAGCACAAGAAGUGCCACACCGCCCCCUCUGGUGGACUCAAGUGCCCCCUCUGCGCGUACUCCACCAGCCAGCCGGCCGCCCUGGACGGGCACCUGAAGACGCACUGCGAGUCGCGGUUCAGGUGCCGGAUCUGCCAGGCGGCGGAGAGCAGCCAGGCGGCCCUGGACCGCCACGUGCGCGGGCACCGGCUGGGCGGCCACUACCGGUGCGAGCAGUGCGGCUACGCCUCCAAGACGGCCAACAAGCUGAUCGAGCACGUGCGCGUGCACACGGGCGAGCGGCCCUACCGCUGCGACCGCUGCGGCUACUGCUGCCGGCGCAAGGACAACCUGAGCCUGCACAAGAGGCUGAAGCACGGCCAGCAGCCGCUGCGCUGCCCCCACUGCGCCUUCUCCUCCGCCAACCCCUGCGUCUUCAGCAGGCACGCCCGGAAGCACCGGGGCGGGGCCGGGGGCGGGGGAGGGGGCCGGGCGGCCUUCGGGGGGUGGGAGCUGAAGGGCGGGGGCGGGGCCGUGUUCGGGGGGCGGGACUGCGAGAGCGGGGGCGGGGCCUGCAGUCCCCUCCUCAGCAUGUCGGCCUCCCUGGCCCUGCAGUCGGUGGCGCUGUCCGUCACCAGCCGGCAGCAGGGCUCCUCCUCGCCGCUGGCCUCCUUGCUCUACCCGGCGCCCAACGGCCGCUCCCUCCCCUCCCUCUCCCCCUUCCCCUCCCUCUCCUCGCAGUACGAGCGGUACAGGACCUGCGACCCCGCCCACCUCAUCCCCCUGACCACGCUCUUCGGCUCUGCCCGCUUCGGGAGGGGCGAGGCGUUCCACGCCCUGUCUCCGCCCCCUUUCCCCAGACCACGCCCUGCCGGCUCCCCGGCCACGCCCUCCCGCUCCCCCACUUCGCUCAAGCACUCGUUCCUGGCUUACCUGGGACUGACGAAAAAGGUCCAGACUGUGUGACCCGCCCAUGACAGGAGUAGUGGGGAGACGAGCUGCUCCACUGAGUCCGGAAUUUUCCAAUCAAGAUAACGUAACAAACUGGAGAGAUGCUAUGCUAGGGGGAAAAUUAUAUAUAAAUACAACUACGGCUGUAUGUGCUUAAAGAAUUUAUAUCAGUGCUGCUUUGAAUCUCUCUCUCUUUUCCGUUAAAUUAUGUUGUUUUUUGGACGUUUUGUACGGUUUUGAAUGACAAGCACCCCAACGCUUUAUCUGAAAAAGAAAAAGACAAAA